GUUCAUUAGUUCGCGGGAAAGGGGAGAAACAAACAGAAGAUCACAGCACAGGAAUUGCUCUGACGAAUAGAAAUAGUUUUUAAAAAUCGUCUGGAUUCGGCUGAGUUAUAGAAAUGCUUUUUCGCUCCAUUAUUGACAGAGGAGUCCGUAAACGGAGGCGCAAUGACCUCAGCCCAAAGUACCCGUUGUCCUCUCUGCUGGACGGCUACCAGUGUGCACGGUAUGAUGAACACAUCUCAUACGGGAACAUGGGGGUAGCCGUGCCCCCUUUUGGAUGCGCCUUCUCUACAGCUCAAGGGCUGCAGAGUGUAUUUGCUGUGGCCAACGAGGAGGGUGUCUUGAGGCUCUACAACACAGAUAACAGACAGAGUCCAGUCCUGAAAGAAUGGAUGGCACAUGAGAAUGCUGUCUUUGACCUUGCUUGGGUGCCAGGGGAGGCUAGCUUGGUGACUGCAUCAGGUGAUCAGAUGGCCAAGCUGUGGGAUGUGACAUCUGGGGAACUCCUUGGCAGCUUCAAGGGGCACCAGUGCAGCCUCAAGUCUGUUGCAUUCACACAGCAGGAGAAAGCUGUGUUUUGUACUGGGGGCCGAGAUGGGAAUAUUAUGGUCUGGGACACCAGGUGCAGCAAAAAAGAUGGAUUCUACAGGCAGGUGAAGCAGAUCAGCGGGGCUCACAAUAAGAUGGAUAGAAACACACCUAACACGAAGAAGAGACGCCCAGGCACACGCGGCAUGGCCCCCUCUGUGGACUCCCAGCAGAGUGUCACCGUGGUGCUGUUCCGGGAUGCACACACCCUCAUCUCUUCAGGAGCUGUUGAUGGGAUAAUCAAGAUGUGGGACCUUCGGAAAAACUACACUGCAUACCACCACGACCCCAUACCACUCCAGGUGUACCCAUACCCAGGCUCCAGCACACGGAAGCUAGGUUACUCUGGGCUGGUGUUGGACUCCACCGGCUCCAACCUGUUCUCCAACUGCAUCGACGACAACAUCUACAUGUUCAACGUCAGUGGAUUGAAAACCACUCCAGUGGCAGUCUUCGGUGGUCACCUCAACUCCUCGUUUUACGUGAAGUCCACUGUUAGCCCAGAUGACCAGUUCCUGGCUAGUGGCUCAAGUGACCAUCAUGCAUACAUCUGGAAGAUCUCUGACCCAAAGCAGGCUCCUAUGAUGCUUCAGGGCCAUAACCAGGAAGUGACCUCCAUAGCGUGGUGCCCCACAGAUUUCACCAAGAUUGCUUCCUGCUCUGACGACAACACCGUACGGAUCUGGCGUCUGGACAGGGGGACGGAUGGAGCAAAGUCCUCUCUCGGAGAGGCCAAUCUGGUGGGCUGGGCGUGUCCUAAACCUGCCACCACCGUGUCCAUUCCAAGGCCUUUGAACCACGUGGAGUCCACCCCAGCCAAGAGUCCCCGGGCAGGGAGUCUGGGGGCCCCGUCCUCCCCCCAGCCUGCCGCCUGCGCCCCCAGUACAUCCGACGUGCCUCUACCCUCCAGCACCACCACCGCCUCCACCCUUCAGGCCCAGGGUGCAAAGGCCACCCUCCUACGCCAGAAAACACCCUCCUCUAUCAGGAACUGGUUUUCCCAAACCCCCGGGUCUCCUUGGGAACAGGUCACCUCUCCUCUCCACCUGGUGCUCAGCCCCCAGAGCCCAACCGGUACUCCUCCCUCGGAGAGGAGGGCCAAGCGCCGACUGGAGACGGGUGACUGUGGGGCAGCAGGGGGCUGCGAAGGUACAGGGGAGUGCAACUGCGUUACAGCGCUCUACCCCGCAGCCAAGAUCAGCCGGGGACUGGCAGGUGUGUGCUGCCCCAGCCAGGAGCCACCUCAGGCGGGCACAGAGAGGAGUGAGGCCUGGGGAGGAGCGGACCUCCAGGUGGAGGACCCAUCCACACAGGCAGACAAGGAGAACCACUCUCCAGGUGGGGCAGACUGGUUGUCAGUGAUGAGUCAGAGGCUGAGGAAAGGUGUGGGAAACACCAGCAGCAUUCCCAGAAGCCCCAGUGCCUGCAAGAGGCGAGAUGGCAGGAUGCCCACCUCACCGGCAAUGCGCUCUCCCUCCCAGGCAAUGCGUUCACCACGAUCCAUGCAGAAAAUAUCCUCCUUCUUCCAGCAAAAGACUUUGGAGUAAUCAGCUUGGAUUGAAAUUGUACUCUGUGCUGAGAGAGAGAGAGAGAGUGCAAAAUCCUUUAUGGUGCUCCUACUAUAUGUAUUUUAAUUGGGAUCACUGUUCAACCAAUAAAUAUUUUUAAAGAUACAUUUAUACAGUAUCAGUCAAGUUUGGGCACACCUGCUCAUUCAAUGUUUAUUUUAGAUUUUUUUUUACUGUUUUCUACAUUGUAGAAUAAUAGUAAAGAUAUCAAAACUAUGAAAUAACACAUAU